AUGUAUAUUUCAACGUGCUCUCGUUUUCAGCGUCUCUCCUCAGGUCGGGUCGUACGGCAAAUAAUCUAUGUGCCCAAUUCAUUCGAUUCGAUUGUGUCCACCUAUUACAGAGACCGACGACUGGAACGGAUUGAGAAUUUCUGUUCUUGUCACGUGCGUCUGUUAAGUCCGACUCAUCCACGUGCUGCAAUGUGUCCUCCGGGUUGUCGCACGCUAGAAGUCAAUUUCGACCCAGUACGAGGGCGAUAUCUCGGAUUUCAUGAUUUGCUCAGUCGUUGUGUGCACCCCAAGCGACGUAUGUCUCGAGUAGCGCUUACAGUAGUGCGACAUCCAAACGGUAGUGAGACCCAAGUUCAAACACACGAACUAGCUCGGUUGGAUCUGAUCGGGCCUCGGCCUCGUCUAGUUGAGAUUCGUGCCGACAUGUGUACGAAACCAAAAUUAUCAAACUAUCAGAAGGGUGCUGUAUUUAUCACAGACAUAUUAUCAGAACCGGCUGGCUCUGCAUGA